UCCUUCCCUCCCUCCGCGAGGCAGCGCGUGCCAGAGAAUAGGGGCCCGUCAGCGACGCCAGGCUAGCUCACAGCGGCCGGACUCAGAACCCGCCAGAGGCACCCGGCUUGAAGGGUCGGCUUCCUGCCCUUACGCUUCCGUUGGCUUCGUUUAAACAGGCCGCUUUCGACAGCACCCAAUCAGGAAGCUCGAUCUUCGGCCGCCGCCCAAUGAGCGCGUGUAAUGGGGGGAAAAAGGGCGUGAAGCCCAAUCGCAGCGCCAUCACACUUGAGGGCAAAGAGGUUAGGAAGCCGGCAUGGCGCUCCGGUCAAUAAAAUCGAUAGCUGGAAGCUGCCUGUGUUCCAGGCUAAGGCGGUGCGGGAGCAGCGCCGCCAUCUUCCCCGAAGGCAUCUUCCGGUGCCUUUCACCCAAGUUCGGGCAGGAGUUUCCUGAAUAACAGCGAAAGGUUUCCGUUAGCCCCGCAAGGCGGCCGAUUCCGAUUCCCUCCGGGCCUCCCCAGGCACGCUCAGCCCCGGUCCGGCGGGGGCUCCCAAAUCUCCGGGUCCGCCAGGGGUCCAGGCCGAGACGGGGAAGGCCGUGGCGCCGGCUUCUGGGGUCCAAUGGCGCCACCUUCGGCUCCGCUCUCUGCGCGGGGACCAGGAGAGGCCAGACCCGGCCGGAGAAGGGGAAGGAGGCCGAGGGCGGUGAAGUUCGCAGACGUGGCCGUGUACUUCUCCACGGAGGAGUGGGGGUGUCUGCGCCCCGCGCAGAGGGCCCUGUACCGGGACGUGAUGCGGGAGACCUACGGCCACCUGGGCGCGCUCGGGUGCGCAGGUCCCAAACCAGCCCUCAUCUCCUGGUUGGAACGAAAUACCGAUGAUUGGGAACCGGCUGCUCUGGAUCCGCAGGAGUGCCCACGGGGGGUAGCAGUCCAAAGAAAAACCAGAACCAGAAAGAAGAAUGGAGACAAGGAAGUAUUCCCACCUAAGGAGGCACCCCGAAAGGGGAAGCGAGGGCGGCGGCCCAGCAAACCCCGACUGAUCCCCAGGCAGACGUCGGGGGGCCCCAUCUGCCCGGACUGUGGUUGCACCUUCCCUGAUCACCUGGCCCUGGAGAGCCACAAGUGUGCCCAGAAUCUGAAGAAGCCUUACCCUUGCCCAGACUGCGGGCGCCGGUUUUCCUACCCCUCCCUGCUGGUCAGUCACCGGCGGGCACACUCUGGUGAGUGUCCCUAUGUUUGCGACCAGUGUGGCAAACGUUUCUCCCAGCGCAAGAACCUCUCGCAGCACCAGGUUAUCCACACAGGCGAGAAGCCCUACCACUGCCCUGACUGUGGCCGCUGCUUCCGCAGGAGCCGGUCCCUGGCCAAUCACCGGACCACGCAUACGGGUGAAAAGCCCCACCAGUGCCCUAGCUGCGGGCGUCGCUUUGCCUAUCCCUCGCUGCUGGCCAUCCACCAGCGCACACACACGGGGGAGAAGCCCUACACCUGCCUGGAGUGCAACCGCCGCUUCCGUCAGCGCACCGCCCUCGUCAUCCACCAGCGCAUCCACACCGGCGAGAAGCCCUACCCGUGUCCGGACUGUGAGCGGCGCUUCUCCUCCUCCUCCCGCCUGGUCAGCCACCGGCGGGUACACUCCGGGGAGCGUCCCUACGCCUGCGAGCACUGUGAGGCCCGCUUCUCCCAGCGCAGCACCCUGCUCCAGCACCAGCUCUUGCACACGGGGGAGAAGCCGUACCCCUGCCCAGACUGCGGACGUGCCUUCCGGCGGAGCGGCUCCCUCGCCAUUCACCGCAGCACGCACACCGAGGAGAAGCUGCACGCGUGCGAAGACUGUGGCCGCCGCUUCGCCUACCCCUCGCUCCUGGCCAGUCACCGGCGCGUCCACUCGGGCGAGCGGCCCUACGCCUGCGACCUGUGCUCCAAGCGCUUUGCCCAGUGGAGCCACCUGGCCCAGCACCAGCUCCUGCACACCGGGGAGAAGCCCUUCCCCUGCCUGGAGUGUGGCCGUUGCUUCCGCCAGAGGUGGUCUCUGGCCGUCCACAAGUGUAGCCCCAGGGCCCAAAACUGUAGCGCUAGAUCUGCUCUAGGGGGGGCCAGCCAGAAGGGCGAUGCCCUUUAGUGUGGGAAGGACAGUGGCAGUUCAUUUCAGUGCAUGGAGGGGCCCAGGUCAUACAGGGCAGAGUCAGAGCAAAAACCCAGGUUCCCUGCCGCAGAGACCUGAACUUCAGUGUAUUCCACCACACUGGCUGCCUUACUGGAUGUGUCGAGAACGGAGGGUCCCGUUAGGAGAGGUGACAUCAUUUGGUUGUUUCCCGGCUACCCUAUCCUGAAAGAAUUUCUGUGUGUGGAUAUCAGGACUGAGAGUUCUCCCGUCUGUUUUAGAGGCUGUUGGCUUUUGCUUUCUUGUCACAGGGGUUACCUGUCCUCUUGCACAGUCAGGAGAAUCCCAUACUCUGCCCCUUCUUCCAUACGUGGUUAAAGCCAACCUGAUCUAGCCCUCUUUUUACGACACUCCUGCCAAGUGUUUUUUGUUUUUUGUUUUUUUUUUUACCCUUGCUUUAAAACCUCCCUUGACGGGGAGCUUACUACCUCACAAGGCAGGUCAUUUCGUUGUGGGAUAGCUCUGAUCUUUAGAAGGCUGUUCAGGACCACAUUCUCCUUCCCUAUAAGCCUUGCCCAGAAUAUGUAGUACUUCAUGUGCGUGACAGCAUUUCAGAGAACUCUAUCACGACUGCUUUUGCCCCACGUUUUCAGGUUAAACAGCAUCAUUUGGUCCAUCAUUCCUUAAAGACAGGGUUUCAGUUCCCACACACAUGCUCGCUCUCCAAACAGGUGCUGGGUUUUCAAUGUUCCUUUUAAAGCCGGCACCACAGUGUGCACAGUACACCUCCUUGGUCUGUACUUGUCUCGGUGGCUCUAGAUUGCACUGACUUUGGGGAUGGUGGCACUGCACGGGGCUUCAUUGGGUGACAGGCACCUAAAUACCUAAGGUUUUUGUUUGUUCUUAAACCACAUACUGUGAAGCUAAGUCUUCUGCACCCUAUGUUUGAAAAAUUGGUUCCAGUGGGUCUGGGACAUAGGCAAAAUGAGCUCUGGGAGAAGACUGAUUUUAAGGCAAAGCAGGGGAGCUAUGGUCUAGCAGCAAGAGGCAAAACUGGGACUAGCUUGUACUUCAUCCAGUGGAUUUGGAUUCGUUCCAGGCAGCCAGUGGCUGGAAAACCCUUGAGAACUGGGUCUCACCCUUCCCUGAUUUCUCAUCAGAAUAAGGAGACAUCAGCACAGACCUUCCAGGAGUCCUCAGCCAACAUUUUUCAUAAAAUGGAGUGAGGCCAUUCAAGGAGGGUAGAGUCAACAGUCAUCAAGUUGUGCUCAUGCCUGCCUUCCUCACAUAAGCUCUCCAAAGCAGCAGCAGCAAUGUGUCUUAAUCUUUGAUAUGCCUCCCUGGUACCUACCCCUGAGUAGAUGCUCAGUAAAGCUUUACCGCAUUAAAUGAACAAGGCCUACCACUUUGCCUUGGGUAGCUGCACCAAAUUGGAAUUUCCAAACAUGACUUCUCUCCUAUUCCAACGGCUGGAGUGGGUCAUGUUCCUACCCCUAUUGCUUGUUCCUUCGGCUCUCCUCAUCUCAGCCCCAAAGUCGGGGAGCAGUUGGGGAACAGUGUUUGUAAUUACCUCUGUUCUGGUGUUUAGCAAGUUGCAUUGUAACUGUUUCUCCUUGGAUGAAUGGAUGAGCUACCCCAAGACGGGUCGUACCAGAUUGGGUCUCAUUAAAAUGUCUGAUAAAUGAA